CGACACUUGCCUGCCGCAGUGUAUUAUCUACGACUUGCUGUACGAGUGUACAAGGGUUCUACAAGUUGCGCGUAAUUGACAGCCACAGAUUAGCACUAAACACAAAUAUACAACGGCGGCUGAGCUCGCGGCAAACGCACGUUGCGCGUGUUAUGUUAAUUGGAAACAUCACAAAAUAAAAAUAAACAGUUAGUGAAUAUGGCUCCUAUGUCGAACGCGGUCGUAGGAAUUGAUGACGAUCAACGGUUUGCUCUAAUGAAGUUUCGUAGGAGCGUCAAAGACGUGUUGAGACCCGAACAUAAUGACCAUUUUUUAUUAAGAUGGUUAAGAGCUCGACAAUGGGACCCAGAAGCCGCAGAGAAAAUGUUAAGAGAUUCAUUGAAAUGGCGAGAGAAAUGGGAAGUAGACACAACUCUGCCGAGUUGGCAGGCACCCGAAGUUCUACAAAAACACUUUCCCAGCGGCAGCACGGGCUUCGACAAAGAAGGCUCACCAGUGAUAAUUGUUCCAUUCGUUGGUCUGGAUGUGUGGGGUCUACUGCACUCCUUCACCAGGACUGAAGUCAUUCGAAUGAUUUUGAAACAUUUGGAGAACUACCUCGCUAUAGCAAGAAAACAAGCGCUCACUCACGGACCGGACGCUUUGAAGGUAACAGUGAUUUUUGACUUGGAGGGUUUCAACAUAAGACAGUACGCGUGGAAACCAGCCGCGGAAAUGGUAUUCACCCUUCUAAAACUUUACGAAGCCAAUUACCCUGAGAUAUUGAAGAGUUGCUUCAUUGUUAAUGCACCCAAAGUCUUCUCUCUAGCAUUCUCUGUGAUCAAAAAAUUUAUGCACGAAUACACCAUAUCGAAGAUCAAGAUAUUCGGUACGGAUACAAAGAAAUGGCAGGCGCAAGUAUUGAACCUGAUCGAUAAGGACCAGCUACCGGUUCACUACGGCGGGACGAUGGUCGAUGAAAAUGGCGACCCGAGGUGUAGUUUAAUUGUGAAGCCAGGUGGGAAAGUGCCUAAAUGUUACUACUCGAAGAAUACCAGUGAAAAACAGAAGAAUUACAAUAAAGUCACCAUAAAGACCGGAGAGAAGCACGUCUUAGAUUUGCUGUGUGCGGACAACGACAGCGUUUUGAAAUGGGAAAUCGGAGUGGAACAUCACGAAAUAAAAUUUCAAAUAAAACGAAGGGACGAGGAAGGCAACGAGGAAGUGGUCCACGGGCCGAGGAAGAUCGCCGAGGGUCCGAUGGACGUCGGCGUGCUCUCCGUCACCGGACCGGCCACGUAUUCAGUGAUUUUCGAUAACAAAAACGCGUUCCUAAAGAACAAGAAGAUAUUCUAUGACAUUUUGAUAACGGUGCCGACCAGGGACCUCAACAUUAACGACGAGCCCGACGACCACAAUGAACCUGUCGCUGCUGCGUAUGAAUAAACAGUAUUCUUAGAGAGAUAACUAAUAAGUUAUAGUAGAGCGGAUGAGCUUAACUAGGUCAUUUAUCGCAAACAAUCCAAAAAAAAUUGAUUAUCUAGCAAAUAUUUACUUAAAUUCACGUCCAACAAAUAACAGUUCUCUUUGAUUAAAGGAUAUCAGGCACUUGUAAACUUGACAAUUUUGACGGCAACCUGACAGUUUUGUAGGUUUGCUAAGAAAGUAUGUAAUGGCCGCACAAACUGAGAAAUCGCGUUCGUGUUGCGUCAAUAGAAAAUCUAGAUUUUAAAAUGAAAACCACUUUCACCAACGAUAACUGUCAUUCCGAAUUAACAUUCUUCACGCCUCAACGCCUCACAUACAAAAUAUGGACCGUCGUGUAUAUUUGAAUAUAUUAUUAUUACUAGCGAACCUCGAACACGCGCUUACUGCCUAUAAAUAUAGUCUAUGGUGUAACGGUAUCCCGAAAACGUUAAAAUGUCACAUUCGAAAAGUUUUCUUUUCAUUAAUAUUUUUGCACGUGUACGCAAUGUAAAUGAAACAAAUAAACAUCUGUUGGUCGAAGUUCGCUAACUGCCUUUACGUUACAUUGCGGGUCGCCGAAAUUAUUAACUCAUUAAAAAUAAGUUAGCGCUUAAUUAAGCUUGCUUUUGUUUCAGUAUUAACUUUACAAUUUAUAUCAUUGUACCAUGCGGUACAUGCAGGCAUGGGUCUUAUUAGAGUAUAUUAGGAGUUUCGGUUCGGGCGAUAAUGUCACAUUACACAAUUUUAAUAAGAUCUUGGCUAAAGUUCCGCCAGUAUUGUCGUAUUUAAAACACUAGAUAACAAAAAUACAAAAUUUAGAUACAACUAUUUAUUUCCCUAUAACAAAUUUAAGCGUAUGAAAAAAACUUCUAUACAUUUUUUGUUGAUAAAUAUCAAUAUUUUUUGCUGGCCGUUUAUGUCAAACUUAAUCCAAAAAGGUAUAAAGGUUUUCUCUUUUAUUCUCAUGCUAUUAUUGAGCAUUUUUUAAGUUUCAAGUCUAGCUCUUUUAGUCAGGACGCUAGUUUAAAAUCAUUUACCUGAACAGGGCAACCGUUCAUAGGUAGGUAUAUAAAAUAUAUUAAAAUCUGAUAAAGUAAGCUACAUAGCAUAGAUAAUUCUAAUUAUUGUUAAAUUACAAUUAUGUAAUUACGUUUUGCGUGUAUGUAUAUUAUGUAAAAACUGUGAUGAAAUAGUUACUUUUAAAUAGUACAACAUCAGUAGUUAAUAAACGGAUUAUGGGAUUAUAUUUUUUUAUCUUAAUGUUUAUAGUGGGUGAUUAAGGACUGAUGAUAAGUAUUGAUGAUAUUAAUUUAUAUUUUUUUUAAUUAUUAUUUUGUAUUAAAGGAAUAAUGGAAGAAGCAAUAAAA